UCUUUAGUUUAGGAUUUAGGUCUCGGUUAGCAAUUUCAUGUCUACAUUAGCAGCUUUUUUCCUUUGGCCAUUGCUACUUGGAAAAGCCGGUCUGUUCCUCCCUUUGACUGUAGUACAGUUACCUAUACCUAUAGAUACACAGUAAAUCAUAAGAAUACUUUCACUUCCACAUAAUAUUAAUGGCGAUUAAGGGUCAAUUUUCUCUUCUCUUUUCCUCAUUGCUAAUAUUGCUGCUUUGCUUUAUAAGUUUCAAUAACAAAAAUGGAAAUUGCGAGCAGGAGUACCAUUUCAAUAUUGAAGAAGUUACAAUCAAAGACAUACAAUUGGCCUUUGCCCAAAACAAGCUCACAUCAAGACAACUCGUUGACUUCUACUUGCAUAAAAUUGAAACCCUUAAUCCCGUUCUUCGUGGAGUUAUCGAAGUGAAUCCGGACGUGCGAAAACAAGCCGAUGAAGCUGAUAAACAAAGGGAGAUAAUUAAGAAGAAACUGAGCAGUUUACACGGUAUUCCUGUUCUGGUCAAAGAUAGCAUAGCAACAAAGGAUAAGCUAAAUACUACUGCAGGGUCUUACGCGUUGCUCGGUUCAGAGGUGCGUAGAGAUGCUACAGUUGUGGAGAGGCUGAAGAAUGAUGGUGCUUUGAUUUUGGGAAAGGCUAGUAUGAGUGAGUGGUACCAUUUUCGAUCUUUCAGUAUUCCUGAUGGAUGGUCUGCUAGAAGUGGCCAAGGUGUGAACCCAUAUGUGCAAGGAGGAAGUCCAUGUGGUUCAAGCAGUGGAUCUGCAAUAUCCGUAGCUGCUAACAUGGUGGCUGUGUCACUAGGAACUGAGACUGACGGCUCAAUUAUCUGUCCUGCUGAAUACAAUGCUGUUGUAGGCCUCAAACCCACCGUUGGACUCACUAGCCGUGCUGGUGUCAUUCCCCUUUCUCCUCGACAGGACACAAUUGG